CUGAAAACUUUCACUUUCACAAAGUCCAUAGCUGAACUGCGUUUGUUAGAGGCCUACAUGGAGACGUUUUGGGCAUUUAACGAGCCAAAACAACAGAAUUGGUUCAGAGGCGUUGUGGCGUUGACGUGUCUUGAGAAGUCGCUGGUGUUUUUCAUCGAUGAGGAAACUGAAAAGUUCCACCGUGAACUGCAAAAUGAAUGCGGCGCGGAUCCGUGUGUCAAUAACUGUGACUUUAAGAGCUGGAAACCACGACCAAACGAGAAGCCUCCUUUAGAUUGUGAGGUGUGUUGUCCUUGGAGAGAUGCAAUAUGGGACAACCAUACCAGUCAGCGAGGAAAGGUGAUGUGGUUGAACUGUAAACCACACCUGUGGUCCCAAAAUAAAUGGGAAGUGGCAAAGGUUUACAUGCCAUGUGGUCACAAGGACCAUAGUUCAGUGGAAGACUUUGACAUUGCUUCACUUCUGUGUCUCAUGACACAAUGCAAGCAUUUUAAGAAGUUCGAGCUUGGUGAUUUGUGUGAAAAGGUUUCCUGCGUGCGAAACAAAAUCUGUCAUGCACCAAAGUACCAGCUGGAGCAGGAGGAUCUGCACAAUUUCCUGAUCCGAAUCAGAGAUCUGGGUGAGACCCUGGCAAGACAUGAUCCUGAGUUUACAAGUAUGUCUGAAGACAUCGAUCAGAUUCAGAGCCUCGAAUAUAAACUCGACUUGCCUGAAAACAUGGCGGCAGAUAUUGAGGCUCUUAAGGCACAGUAUGAAAAAGAGCUAAAUGAUAAAAUUAUGGCUAUCGCUCAGGAGGCCGCUGCACAUUGUCUUACUAAGAUGAAGCUGGAGAACUUGGAGAGACGGAUGGCUCAGCAAGACCCAGAGGAUUUACAUUUGGAAGAUUACUACGCCCUGACUCAUAUCCCACGUGGUUUGUGUGUGGUCAUCAAUAAUGAGGAAUUCCUGGGAACAGGGCUAGGUAGACGAAGAGGCACUCAAGAAGAUGCAAAGGCCCUGCGUACAGUGUUCACCCGGCUCGGCUUCACUGUGGUGAUACAUGAAAACUUGACUGCAGAACGCAUCCGACAUGAACUACAAGAGCUGGGCAAAAGGGACUUUUUGUAUGAUGAUGCCUUGGUGGUAUGCGUGCUUACUCAUGGAGACAAGGGAUGUGUCUUUGGGACUGAUGAGCGGGAGGUGUCUUUGCGAGAGCUGACACUGCCCUUCACCAGCUGGAGAACUUGCGCCCUGGCAGGGAAGCCCAAACUGUUCUUCAUCCAAGCCUGUCAGGGAAGCAACUACCAGAGAGGACCCAUAUCAGACCCCCAAAGGCAAAGAUUGGAGGAGGAUGGACGUGUUGUUUGUCUGGAGGAAGAUGCAAGUUCUUCUGAGAGGGGCGAGAUGAUGCCUUGUGAUGCUGACUUCCUGCUGGGCAUGGCUACGGUGGCGGAGUUCAAGACGUUUCGAAACACCACCACAGGCUCCAUCUACAUCCAGGAGCUGUGCAGACAGCUGACGAGAUCAGCAGCAAGCUCUGAGAUGGAUGAUAUCCUAACUGUGCUGACACGUGUGAACAGGCAGGUCGGCAAAGGAAACUAUCUAAACCACAAACAAAUGCCAGAGCCCAAGUACACCCUCACCAAGAAGCUCGUCCUCAAAUUUGUGUGAGCUGCCGGGGAUCAAGUGCUAUGCUGAACAUGUGCCGAUUCACAAAGAUCCUUCAGAUUUACUGUGUGUGUGUGUGUGUGUGUGUGUGUGUUUUGUCUCACUGUAAGGUACAGCUGGCAGGAUAAAUUUAAAUCUGUAGCAUCUGAUGUCUCUUAAUCAACAUUACCUUUUUGCCUCUAGUGAUUGCAUUUGAACUUCAAAAAUCAUAAAAGUGGUGUUCAACUAUGAGGAUUAUCUUGCUAAAACAAAAGGUGUAAAUUUAAUGUUUUUUUUGUUAAAGUUUGGCCUAUAUUACAAAGAUUAUACAAAGAUUCCACAAUACUGCAUUAAGACAGAGUGCAUUCAAGUCCUGCCUAAACUGCAAAGAUAUCUCCUGCUAGCAAACAACUGAAAAAUUUGCAAAAAGCUGCUUGGUGGUGGGAUGGAAGAACCCAGAACUAACAUCAGGCAUCAGCAGUGAGAAUGUGAAAACUGUGCAAGCACUUUCUCUUAGUCAUUUAUCCAAAAUGUCAGUUUUAUGCUAGCUAUGUUUUUUAGUUCAGUUUUUAAGUUAUUCUUUACUAUUUGACUAAAUGCAACUCGUGUUAUAAUAUAUAAUAUAAAGCUAUGCAGUACGCUGCAGUAUGUUUGUAAGUGCCUUAUCUUUCCAAUGAUUAGCUGGCAUUAGCUUACUAACGGCUAACCUUCCUCUCUGUUCAACACAGAAAAUUAGUCCUUCAUCAUGCUCAACUCUAAUGUUUUAUUUAGGCACAGACAUUUUGUCAGGUCUUGUUUGCAAUUUGUGGCACCAAUCGUCCCUCCUGGCCCAAGCAGCAACAUGGAAGUACCUUAAACCUGCAUUAUUUCUAAUGACCAGUAGGGGGUGACACAACCUGUUAUAAGAAGUCUGUUAGUAUGUAAGUGAACAGGAAAAUGACUCUACUUCUCACUGGAUGUAUUACUUCAAUAAAUAUUUCCAUAACAAGU